GCGAAGAGGAUUUAAUAGUCUUUGGUAUCCGCUGGGUAGUAAUGAGUUAAGAGAGAGAAUCAACUACACUUUCUAGAGAGAGAAACAACAAGAAGAAGAUAGUUGUACAGACCCAAAAAAGGAACAGGAUUUAAUUUUUCUUUAUGGUAUAUUUAAUGUGCACGGUUGUCGGGGAUUCAAGUUCAUCACUCCAAAAGAUUCACAUAUAAAAAGUAACCUCUGUAGCGUUGCUCUGGUCCAGUAAAUGUCUUUCCGCAGUAUAGCUCGGGAUAUCAGGGAUAGUAUUGGAAGCUUGUCUAGGCGGAGUUUCGAGGUUAGGCUGUCCAGUCAUAACAGAGGGAAGUCUCAGAGUGCUGUUCAUGAGUUGCAUGACCAUGCUAUAGUCAUUCAAAGCAGUUGUUGGGCAAGCCUUCCGCCAGAGUUACUUCGUGAUGUAAUUAAAAGAUUGGAGGCAAGUGAGAGUGCGUGGCCUGCUCGUAAACAUGUUGUCGCGUGUGCAGCUGUUUGCCGCUCAUGGAGGGAGAUGUGCAAAGAAAUUGUUCAGCGUCCGGAAUUCUCUGGAAAGUUGACCUUUCCCAUCUCUCUUAAGCAGCCUGGUUUUUGGGAUGGAACCAUCCAAUGCUUCAUCCGGAGGGACAAAGCUAAAUUAACUUACCAACUUUUCCUUUGCCUUAGCCCUGCCUUGCUUGUAGAAAAUGGCAAGUUUCUUCUUUCAGCAAAGCGUAAUCGGAGAACCACAUGUACAGAGUACAUCAUCUCUAUGAAUGCAGAUAACAUAUCAAGGUCAAACAGCUCUUACAUUGGAAAACUGAGGUCAAAUUUUCUGGGCACAAAGUUCAUAAUUUAUGAUACUCAGCCACCAUACAACAGUUCUAGUAUUCCUCCACCUGGUGGCAGCCGGAGAUUCUACUCCAAGAAAGUUUCUCCCAAAGUCCCUACAGGAAGCUACAACAUUGCACAGGUUAGCUACGAACUGAAUGUACUCGGAACCAGGGGGCCUCGCAGGAUGAAUUGUGUCAUGCACUCAAUCCCCAUCUCGUCCCUUCAACCCGGGGGCACUGUCCCAGGCCAAGCUGAACUUCUCCCUCCCAAUCUUGAAGACUCAUUUAGGAGCAUGUCCUUCUCAAAAUCAAUUGAUGCUUCAACAGAAUUCAAUAGUGCUCGGUUUUCAGAUAUUGGGGGUCCAAGUAAAGUAGAUGAAGAAGGGAAGAGUAGUGUUUUGGUUCUUCGAAAUAAGGCACCUAGAUGGCAUGAACAGCUGCAAUGUUGGUGUCUGAAUUUCCGAGGGAGGGUAACUGUCGCCUCUGUCAAGAAUUUCCAGUUGAUUGCUGCUACACAGCUUGCAGCUGGUGCCCCAACACCAGCACAACCGGCUCAGUCAUCAUCAGAUCAAGACAAGAUUAUCUUGCAGUUUGGUAAGGUUGGGAAAGAUAUGUUUACAAUGGAUUAUCGGUAUCCUUUGUCUGCCUUUCAGGCUUUCGCCAUCUGUUUGAGCAGCUUUGACACAAAGUUGGCAUGUGAAUAGAAAGGACACAAUAGAAGAUUUAGUUGAUACUAGUUUUUUCUUCCGUAGAGUUGCCGAAAAGAUUGAGUCGUCAUUGUGUUACUCUUCAUCAUAAUCAAGAAGAUGCAGGAAGCUCUUGCACAUUUGAAAGCUACUAUUCUCUUCUUUCUUUUUUCCUUCCUCUAGGUUCUUUCGUCAUUUUAUCCUUCAUUCAUAGAAUUUAAGAUGCUUCUGUUGUAAUUUUCGCUAAACUUGGUGAAAGGAACAAUGUAUAAACUAUGUAACAUGUGUGAUUUCCAGUUGUAACAUCCAUUUGUAUUCAGCCCAGUCCA